CCAGUCCCUUCCACCAAAAGCGCCCGCAAACCACCGCGGACUCGAACCUCCCUGCGCCCUGCUUUCCUUCCCCGCGAUCCCCCACUUCCCCCGCUCCUCUCUCGGCAAGAUCGCAGGACAGGUGCUGCGGCGAUGAGGUCGGCUGCGGUCCGCCUGAUCCACUCCUCCGCCUCCGCCUCCCCCUCCCCCUCCCCCUUCCGUCUCAGCUCGUCGUUGGUCUUGCUGAAGAGUGGCAAUGCAUUCUCCAGCGAUGCCACGCCUGGUGAUCCCAAGCGCGUCGAGGAGCCUUUUAAGGUGGAGGAGGCAGAAACCGUGAAGGUGACAUCGCCUUCUCCGGACAAGUUGCUAGUGCUAGGAGGAAGUGGUUUUGUUGGAUCAAAUGUUUGCAAAGAGGCUUUGAACAGAGGAUUUAUUGUCUCUAGUCUUAAUCGAUCUGGAAAGCCAUCCAUAAGUGAAUCAUGGGCUGACAAAGUUAUAUGGAACCAAGGCAAUCUCCUUGAACCUGCUUCAUUGAAGGAUGCUAUGGAUGACAUUUCUGCAGUGGUAUCUUGUGUUGGAGGCUUUGGGUCAAAUUCUUUCAUGUACAAGAUUAACGGGACUGCAAACAUCAAUGCCAUUAAGACUGCAGCUGAGAAAGGUGUAAAGAGAUUUGUGUAUGUGUCAGUUGCAGACUUUGGUUUAGUGAAUUAUUUAUUGCAAGGUUAUUACGAGGGCAAGAGAGCUGCUGAAGCUGAAUUGCUGUCGAAGUUUACUUAUGGAGGAGUGAUAUUGAGGCCUGGUUUUAUUCAUGGAACUCGUAGAGUGGGCAGUGUAAAGAUACCUCUUGGCCUUGUCGGUUCCCCCAUGCAAAUGGUGCUCCAAAAUGCAAAACCAUUGACCAGAUUACCGCUUGUUGGCCCGCUGUUGACUCCCCCAGUGAGUGUUACUUCUGUGGCGAAGGUCGCUGUAAGAGCAGCCACAGACCCAGUGUUUCCUCCUGGCAUCGUUGAUGUCUAUGGGAUCAUGCGAUACAGUGAGCAAAAGUAAGCAGUCGCAUGUACUGGAUGAUAUGCACAUGUGGCUGUACUUGCCAGACCUUUUAUUAUCUAGUGUAUCAUGUCUGCUUGAAAUGAAUAAGCGGAAGCUACAUGUCAUCUUGUUACAGUCGUUUCUUUGGUUCGUUUUACAGGUAGUGGUAUCCUUGUAUGACCUUGUUUAACUGAUCUACUUACGAUCCAAAAAACAUUUAAUAAUGCAAUCGUUUCAUGACCAUGUAGUAACAGUAA